GAAUCAGGCCAUGAGGCUCGGAACGAGGUACGGGAAUAAGCGGGUUUGUAUUCAAAGCGAAAUGAAAAAUAUUUUUAGCAAGAAGCAUCUGCGUAUAAAGCAGAGAGACAGCGAGAAAAAGCAAAAAUGGCGAAUGUUGUUGUAGCUCUGUAUUAGAGAGCAAGCAAGCUUCACAACCCCACCAUUUUCUUCUCUCUAUCUCCAUCUCUCUCUGUAACACUUUAUAUAUAAUUUAUAUACACAUGAUUUGUCUAUCUUUUUUGUUCCAUUCCGAUCUUCGCUGCUAAACCCUACCAGUUCUACUGAAUUCAACAAGCCUAUCUGCUCCAAUUUCGGUCGUUUAAGACACAAUUUGAUGUCGCUGGAUUGAAUUUUGAAAACUGAAGUCGCUUGAGGAUGGCAGCCGAGGGUCCAUUGUCGUUUUCGGUAGCAUCUGUGAUGGAAGAUGUUCUUCAACAGCAUGAUAAUCGACCUCGAGAUCUGGAUUUGGAUUCUCGUAGAGCUGAGGAGGCUGCAACGAGAAGGUAUGAAGCCGCUGCUUGGCUGAGAAAAAUGAUUGGAGUUGUUGGGGCAAGAGAGUUGCCUGCACAGCCUUCUGAGGAAGAAUUUAGGCUUGCUUUAAGAAGUGGACUACUUCUAUGUUUGGUGAUCAAUAAGGUUGAUCCAGGAGCUGUGCCUAAGGUGGUUGAAAGUCCAUGUGAUUCAGUUGCUGUGCCUGAUGGAGCAGCUUUAUCUAUAUAUCAGUGUUUUGAAAACGUGAGAAACUUUCUGGUGGCUGUAGGACAAAUGGGACUCCCUACCUUUGAACCAUCUGACUUGGAACAGGGAGGCAAAUCAUCUAAAAUCGUGAAUUGUAUUCUAGCACUCAAAUCCUACAGUGAGUGGAAACAAACAGGUGGCAAUGGGUCUUGGAAAUUUGGUGGAAAUGUGAAAACCAUCACAUCUGGCAAGAACUUCAUACGCAAAAACUCAAACUCAGAACCAUUCAAAAACUACUCAAGGAAUAUGUCAAUGCCUGAAACAUCCACAAAUGCUCAAUCAGUUGAAACUGAGAAUAACAAAAUGCCUAAUUCAUCAUUAAACAUGCUUGUCCGUGCAGUUCUAUUGGAUAAAAAACCUGAUGAGGUUCCCAUGCUUGUAGAAUCUGUGCUAAGUAAGGUCAUGGAAGAGUUUGAGAAUCGUAUCACUAGUCAAGUUGAAUUGAAACUCGCAGCUGCUAAAGAUAUCCCUAAUGGAAACAGGACUCUUUUAAAAACUACUUCUGAUGAUAUAAAGUUCAAGACAGAAGACAAAAAGCUUGCGAAAGAUCAAAAUCUUCAUAAGAACUCGAUCUCUGAUGAAGAAACGAAAAGAAAACAGCUGAAACUACAAACGGCUUUUGAUGGGCAGGAAAGAGAUAUCAAGGAGCUGAAACAAACUCUUACAAUCACAAAAGCUGGGAUGCAGUUCAUGCAAAUGAAAUUCCAUGAGGAGAUUCAGAAUCUUGGUCUGCAUAUUCAUGGUCUAGCUAGUGCUGCUUCAGGGUAUCAUAGAGUUCUUGAGGAAAACCGAAAGCUAUAUAAUCAGGUCCAAGAUCUUAAAGGAAAUAUUAGAGUUUAUUGUCGGGUGAGACCCUCCUUAGGAGGACGCUCGGAUUUCAAGAGUGUCGUGGAUAGCAUUGAAGAAGGAACAAUUACCAUUAAUACCCCUGCAAAAUACGGAAAAGGAUCUCGAUCAUUUAACUUCAACAAAGUAUUUGGUCCCUCAUCAACCCAAGCUGAGGUGUUUGCAGAUACUCGACCCUUAAUUCGAUCUGUUCUCGAUGGUUACAAUGUCUGUAUCUUUGCAUAUGGUCAAACAGGAUCCGGAAAAACACAUACAAUGACUGGACCAAAGGAUCUUACAGAGACAAGUCAAGGAGUCAACUAUCGAGCAUUGAGUGACUUGUUUUUUAUUGCUGAACAAAGGAAGGAUACCCUUCAAUACGAUGUCUCUGUUCAAAUGAUUGAGAUUUAUAACGAGCAAAAUGGAUUCAAUGUUCCAGAUGCUAGCCUGGUCCACGUGGCAUCAAUGUAUGAUGUCAUUGAUCUGAUGAAAUUAGGGCACAAAAAUCGUGUUGUUGGUGCAACUGCUCUAAAUGACCGUAGUAGUCGCUCUCACAGCUGUUUGACUGUACAUGUCCAAGGGAGAGACCUAACAUCUGGAGCUGUUCUACGUGGUUGUAUGCAUUUGGUUGAUUUAGCAGGAAGUGAAAGAGUAGACAAAUCUGAAGUGGCUGGAGAUAGAUUAAAAGAGGCACAACAUAUCAAUAAAUCUCUUUCAGCAUUAGGCGAUGUCAUUUCUUCACUUGCUCAAAAGAACGCACAUGUGCCUUACAGAAACAGCAAACUCACGCAAUUACUUCAAGAUUCACUUGGAGGACAAGCAAAGACAUUGAUGUUUGUUCACAUAAGCCCCGAAUUGAAUGCUGUUGGUGAAACACUUAGUACACUUAAGUUUGCUGAGCGAGUUGCAACUGUUGAACUCGGUGCUGCUCAAGUACAUAAAGAUACUACUUCAGAUGUGAAAGACCUCAAAGAACAGAUUGCAAAUCUUAAGGCGGCUCUUGCAAAGAAGGAAGGGGAUCAGGAACAGAAAGUAUCUGGAAGUCCAGGUGGCAAGCAGCUAUCAUCACGUUCUCCUCCUUACUUAAACGGAGAUUCCUACACUGAACCCAAGGCUCGUAGAAAACCACAAACAGAUGUCGUAGUACCCAGCUUUGAGAUGGAUAAAAAAAGUAGGUCGAGGCAGAAGACACAAAGCUUCGAUUUGGAUGAACUGUUGGCAAACUCACCUCCAUGGCCUCCAGUAAUAAGCAGUAGCCCUUGUGAGACGACAUAUGGAGAAGAAGAUGAUAGAGACAUGAUGGGGUCUGCUGACUGGGUUGAUAAAGUCAUGGUUAACAAGCAAGACGCAGCUGCAGCAGCAGCAGCAGCAGCAGCACGAUGUUGGGAAGCAGAAAAUAACGGUGGACUUUACCAAUCUUAUAAUAUCGGAUUCCAAGGUGUAAAUGGUUUUGAGAUCGCGACUACUGAUGGUGCCGAUGAACAUGAACUGGACGCCGCCACCAGCGACUCAUCUGAGCCGGAUCUUCUUUGGCAGUUCAAUCAUUCAAAACUCUCGAACUUGCCCAAUUCCACCGUCUCAAGGCUUAAUAAUUCCAACGGAAAACCAACAAAGAGCCCAGAUCUCAGGUCAAUGAUUCCGAGACUUGGGCCGUCUCCGUCGCGGAAACCGACCGGUCAGGCUCAGGCUCAGGCUCCGCAGCGAGGUGGGAGGCAGGGAGCUGUCGCCGGUGCUGAAAUGAAAAGGAAGGCUGGGACAAGAAAGUAGUCAAAGGGGGUAAGUCCGUAAGUAAAGUAACAGUUCCGAUUUCUUUGAUUUUUUUGAUUUUUUUUCCCACAUAGAGAGUGAGUGAGAGUGAUGAGAGGGCUUAACCACGUUUUUUUUUUUUUUGUUUUUUUUAUUGGGCUUUAAUGAACUGUGAAAGUGAAACAGUU